AUGAAGUGGUUUUGGAAGAAGAAAUAUAAUGGGAGAUUACCAUUAUUACCGAUGAACUUCUCGGUGGAGAUAUUUUAUGAAAUAUUUAGUCAUUUGAAUCAAUUUGAUAUUCUUCAGGUUAUUCUUAUCAAUAAACAAUUUUAUGAAUUAGGGAUAAGAGAAUUAUAUAAAUGUUUAUUAGUCGAUAAUGGAACAGAUAGAUAUAUCAUUAGUCAACAUAUGCGUACUUCAUUUACUACAAAAUAUACUAUAAUUGAUGGUAUACAACUUUUCAAAAAGAAGGUUUUUAAGCGGAAAAGAAUGAAAUUUGUUCAACUAGUAAUUUUCCGUAGAGAUACUUGUUUAGAUGCAAUUUACCAGGAUAUGAUUAGGAAAUAUCCUUGGGUUGAAAUUAGAAUUAUGGAUCCAGAUUUUAUGUCGGAUAAGGGUCCAUUCUAUACUAAUCAAAAACUAAAACUUCAAGCGAAAACUUUGACCAGAUUAAAGAUUGAACCUAAUCUAUUUAUUAAAGUUGAAGACGACAAUUAUUCAAUUAUUGAGUAUGUUAUUAACACUACUCCUACUCCAGUAUUGUUGCUGUCAAUUCCUAAGCUAAAACGAUUGGAAACGCUCUGUAUACUUGAUCCUCAGCUGAAUCAUCUCAUUACUGACCUCCAAUCUAGUCAGUUAAGUGAUAUUUGUUUAAAAACCUUAAUAUUGAAAGUUAGCCUGAUCCAAUUAUCUAGCCUCGGUGAGAUAUUCAACUUGACCACAAUCACAAAGUUAAAACUUGAGUUUACAAAAAACGUUGCAGCACCAUAUGAGGAGCUAAAGACAUUAACUAGUAAUUUACCAAGGCUUAAUUCUAUAAGUAUAAAUUGGCGUUUUACCAAUGCAGUCAUCAUUAUGGAUUAUUUGGUGGGUAAAAAUAUUCGUCAUAUUAGUGUAAAGACCAACGAAGAAAUUGAUUAUUCAUAUUUAAAGUAUUAUCCCACCAAUUUUAUGAAGCACCAACAAUUAAUUUCAUUACAUUUAUGGGGUAACCCUCCAACUCCGCCACCUCCAGUCAAAACUCGUUCCCGAUUAAUACUGUGGUUUUCCAAGAAGGAAACUCCCUGUGAUGAUUUACAUACUAGCAAGAUCAAUGCUAUUAGAGGUUUUAUAGACGGUGGUUUUCCAAACUUGAAUCAGAUUAUACUUAAUGGUUGGUUUUUUAUGAUUACAGGAAAAAGAGAGGUGAAGCUUGAACACUGGCCAAAUAGUCAUAUGUCAUGUAUUUGUUGUUUUUGACUUUGAGAAUGCAGAUGAACUAAUAACUUCCAUAAAACUACCGUUGUUUGAAUAGUUGCAAAAUAUUCUUUUAUACACCAGCAGUAAAAGUGCAGAUUAAUUUAGAACUUGCUAAUAAUGUGAUAAUCAUUCCUAGAUAUCUAUUCUAUGUAUACUCUAUCCAAUAUUACCACCCAUAUUACCAGCACCCUUUGGAUUAUCAUCUUUCCAAUCAUCCCAUCUUCUUUUUUCCAAUUGAGCUUCGUCAUCUUCUUCACUCUCAUAAUCCUCAUCCUGGGGUUUAUCUUUAACUUCAUCCUUCAUUAACUUACCAUGAGACAAUUCAUAGUCAAGAUAUUCUUCCACUGACAUUGAAGGUAAAACUUGUCCCGUACCAAACACCUUAUCCUUAAGACGCUGUCUUUCGGAUGUAAUUGUAAAUGGUUGAAGUAUUUUACCUGAUCGAGACACCAAUUGAGAUAUAGAAGUAGCUGUAGUAGGUAAAGUUUCCAAUUUGGUUGUGAAUCCAUAGUCGUUUUCUCGUGUAGGUUCACGUUUAUCUUGAGCAGGUGGUGGUGGUGGUGGUGGAACAUAGUUUGGUUUAGACUCCAAUACUUUCAAUUCUAAUGCGUUGGACACAAUUAAACUAUAUGCUUUUAAUGCGUGUAAUUUCAACUGGUCAACGAAUACUUGACGCACGAUCUCCUCAUCAAAAUGUUCAAUUUCGUCAUUAUCAUCGUUGUAAUACCUAUCAAGUACUUCUAACUUUGAAGAUAAUUCUCGCUCUGCUUUAUAGUUGGAUAUUUUCUCUUCACGACUUAUACUGGAAUGGUUGUUAAUUACGUUAUCUGGACUUUUCUUAAAUAGAUCUAGUUUAUUCUGUUGAUUCUUAUCGAGGAUUUGGUAGUUGCUCAACUGCUUCAAAAACUGAAUAAGCUGACUAUUACUUAAUUUCAAUAUUGUAGACCGAUUUUCCAUUACCAAUGCGUUUAAAGUACCAAGAUAAUAAUCAACAUUAAGAAAUGUGAUAUAUGAUGUAUUUAAUUCACUCAACUGUUCAUUGUCGGUGAAUAAUCCAAGCUGAUGAAUUAGGUUGGAGAUUAACUGAAAUUCCUGUAUUAAUGUGACAAGCGAAGAUUGAUUCACUGGCGUUGCAUUUGUGAGUUGACUAUACGCCUUGAUUGCUUGUCUAUACCGUUGUCCUACUGUCAAUUGCUCCAUUAUGCUAUCAUGAAUGGGGGGUCUAGUCUUUUCUGUAUUUUGUAGGGCAUCAUCUAAAAUUUCUGUCUAUAUGGUGGCAUUUCCGAUCACGUGAUAUUUAAUUUGGCCAAAGCAAGGGG